GGAGAUUUCCAGAAAAAACCAUCAUCUUAUUCUCCAGAAAUGUCCACACCAUUCUUUAUAUACCCAUCAAUCUCCCACUUCUCUGUCCAUCUCUUCAAUCCAAAAGAUUCAAAAAAAUAUUUCUUCUUCUUAAAUUAUACAUAAAAAAUGUCACAAUCUGUCUCCAAUUUUAGUCUUUCUCUUCCUCUACUGUCAAGAACCAACUCAACUCGAUCAAGAAACAACCCGGUUAGUUUCUUGAAAACCAAUGGAGUAAUCUAUAAUUUUCCUCAUACGAGAAGAAUUUCAAGCACUAAAGCUAUGGCGGCAGCAGCAGAGAGCAGAGACAAUCUUGAUCAUCUUCAAAGACCUAAUGCCAAUCAACAACAGCCGAGUCAACCCAAGAAAAGAGUUGCUCCUGUUUCACCAGUAGGGUUAUGGGACAGGUUUCCAACAGCAAGAACAGUAGAACAAAUGAUGGAAACAAUGGAAAGAAUAAUGGAAGAUCCAUUCACAUACUCAACUAACUGGUCCACCUCAUCGCCAUCUCCGAUGAAUCAACGAAACGGGUUCGGAAGAGGACGAACGCCAUGGGAGAUAAAAGAAGCCGAAAAUGAGUACAAAUUGCGGUUCGACAUGCCUGGAAUGACCAAACAAGAUGUUAAAAUAUGGGUUGAAGACAAAAUGUUGGUUCUUAAAGCCGAGAAAAAGGUCGAAAAACAAGACGAAGACGACGACGAAGAGUGGUCUGCUAAAAGCUAUGGGAAGUAUAGUAGUAGAAUUGCUUUGCCGGAGAAUAUUCAGUUUGAGAAGAUUAAAGCUGAGGUUAGAGAUGGUGUUUUGUAUAUUAGUAUACCUAAAGCUACUAGUUUUGCCAAGAUUCUUGAUAUUAAUGUUGAGUGAUAGAUCAAAUUAAUAUUAUUAGUAGUUAAUUGAUGGAUGAAAAAUAAAGUUUUAUCAA